AUGAUUGAAAGCCAAGCUGAUGUGUCACAUUGGGAUAAUUAUUUUCUUGGGGGGGUCGAGCUGCACAAACAUUGGUUUGGGUCGUGCUUGGUUGCUGGAAGUGCAGAUGUGAUGGGGGACGCGUUGGUCUAUGCAUCACAUGUGGAUGUGAGGCGUCGGGGACGGGAAGAGCAAGACGAGACCCGACACUGGGACCAUCUCCCUGCAUAUGGAUCUGAAGAAAUGCGCUGCUGCUUGAUACAUAUGACGUAUGUCACUGAAGGGGUCGGGAGCCGAUCUUUCAUGGAUCUAUCUAGGCAACGAAGUAGUAUUGAAGUACCCAUGAAGGUCAUUGGAGGUCUGCCAGCUUCGAGGCAUCCGGACUGCGUUGCUUCGCCAUUGUGUUUUGUGAGGUGUUUGGCGGUGUUGAGGUUAUAUUAG